AUGUUCCACGAAGGAAGCUUACAGAGCGGAAUUGCGCUUGCAAUCCAGCAGCAGAAGCUUGUUGCUUGCUUUGUGCGAGAUGAUGGCGCGACGAGCACAGAAUGGGAAGAGUGGUUGAAGAGUGGAUGGAUAUCGAAUCUACUUGCCCAGAAAGCCGUCGUCUUGCGCCUUGAGGCUGCCUCCACCGAGGCUGGAUUCCUUGCUGCUUUCUGCGAUAUCACGGACACACCCACAUUCGUAGUCAUACAAAAUGGCCAGCUACAACUGCAGCUUAAGAGCCAUGUCGAGAAAGAGGAGUUUACCAACUCAAUACGCAAGGUUCUUGGGGCAGAGGCUAUACCAGGCUCCAGUGCAGCGCAAACACCGCCACCACACACAAGUACACCAGGGCCAACUCAGACUAGAACUACUACAGAAGCGGAAGAUGAUCUAUAUGGAGCGUCACAACCCUACGAGCCUGCGCGAGCUGCACCACCCACGCCUGCAGCAGCCUCUACACCUUCGGCAAUAGCGAAAGGCAAGCAGAAAGCUACCUCGUCCCAUGAAUCCAAGCCCGUUCCCAUGGCUCCCUCUGUAACUUCUGCACAACAAGAGGCCCGCGACGCGCUGCGCAAAAAGAAACGCGAUGACGCAGGAGAACUAGCACGUAUAAAGGCACGGAUCGAGGCAGACAAGGCAGCGCGAAAGGCACAGGCAGAGGUACGGAAAGCAGAGCGGGAGCGGGAACGAGGCACAAAUGCGCAAACUGAAACGCAAUCAAGGACGACAAUAACAUCGUCGAGAGGAUCACAAGCAAAGACUGUCAAUCUGAACGUCAGAUUGUUCGACGGACGAACGAUACGGUCUAUAUUUCCCCGCACAGCUACUUUACAAGAAGAUGUUCGCAGCUGGGUGGAUAAGGAGUUUGCGAAUCUCUCCGCCGACGAUCCAAACAUCAAUAACCAGAGACUUCCACCGUACUUCUUCAGGCAUAUCCUAGCUCCACAACCGAGCCACGAACUUUCCGCUGGAGAUGAAAGCCAAUCCCUCGGCGACAUCGACCUGGCACCGAGUGCCACACUAGUCCUUGUGCCAGUCAAGGGAUAUACGGACGCAUAUUCAGGGGCAAGUGGUGGUGUCGUCGGCACCGCUACCGGGCUCCUCAGCGGUGCUUUUGGACUUGUAUCUUCGACCGUUGGCUUCGUGGGUAGUACGCUGGGCUCUGUGAUUGGGUAUGGCUCCGCGCCUGCAGGAGCUCAAGCAGGACAGACAACAGAGUCAAGAUCAGGUCAAGGGUCCCAGGUACCUGCGUCCUCAGAGGGGUCGAGCGUCAGAGUGAGGACACUGGCAGAUCAAAGGUCGAGGGAGCCGAGAGACCAGCAGUUUUAUAAUGGUAACCAGCUAGAUACCGUCCCUAGGAACGAUGACGAUGACAAGCGAUCAUAG